UACUGCUUGUGUAGGUCUAAGAUCAGUGGUCUUCUCUUCUGUGGUUCGAAGUUUGGACAUUUUGGUUGUUCAUUAUCGAUUUUGAGAAAAAAGAAGUAGCUUCAACCUAUUUUUCAAAAUGUCCAAACUUAUUUCUCAAAUACCUACACUAGCAGCAAAACUUGCUCAAGAAACCCGACCAAAAUUUAACACUUUCAUGAAAUAUGCAAGAGUAGAAUUGGCACCACCAACUCCCGCAGACAUUCCUCAAAUAAGAGCAGGCAUUGGUAGACUAAUUAGUUCUGCGAAGAAUGGUACGUGGAAAAAUCUUACUGUAAGAGAAGCAUGGUUAAACACUCUCGUAGGAAUCGAAGUGCUUUGCUGGUUCUAUGUAGGAGAAUGUAUUGGAAAACGCCACAUUGUUGGAUAUAAUGUUUAAUAGUUUUUUUUUUGUGGAAACUGUAGAUUCUAUCUUGUAUAUUUAAUUAUAUAAUAAAAGUUACGAUACAUAGAAGUUCUAA